AAAAGGGAAGUGCAAAUAGUGGCCAAUAGCGAAUAUCGAUUAGAAGAGACUCCAUCCAUAUCUACAUACAUACAUAUUUCCCUGCCCCAAGGAUAUAUCCUAAUUUUUGUUCAGGUGUCUUGCUAGUGCGAAUGAUCUAUCGGUGACUUGAGUUGUGAACUUUAAAGACAGACCAUGGUGCAUCUGUAUCAACGACGUCGCAACCGCGAACAGGCUGUGAAACAAUUCAUUGAUCUCUGCAACAAUCUGGGUGCUAACUGCAGCACGACGACAGCCACAUCCCCGUCAGCUUCCUCCUCCUCAGCCAGCAGCACGCAGAACUUAAUAGCAGUAGUGCCGCCACAGUUGCAGCAGCUGCAGGUGCAAUUACCGGCGCCAGGAGGAGGGGCAGGUGCAGGAGGAGGAGGCGGAGGUGGUGGUGGUGGUGGUGGGGGCGCAACGCCUGUGAGACGCCACAUCUCGCAUACGACAGCCGUCAAGUUUCUGUACGCCCGUAAAUUCGAUAUACCGCGAGCGGUCUCGCUGUACGAACAGCAUGAACAGAUCCGCCUAAAGGAGUAUCUCUAUAACAUUGAUCCGGAUGUGGAGCCCUUGCGCUCCGAGUUGCAGACUGGCAAGUUCACAAUCCUGCCCGCACGCACUUCCAGUGGCGCUGCCAUCGCCCUAUUCACCGCCAAUCGACACAGUCCGCUGAGCGUUUCGCACACAACCACGCUGCAGGGCAUCGUUUAUCAGCUGGACAGUGCGCUCCAGGAUUCGGAGACGCAGCGCGCCGGUCUCGUUUUUAUCUACGACAUGAGCGGCUCCAAGUAUUCCAACUUUGACUACGACCUCUCCCAGAAGAUUCUCACACUGCUCAAGGGCGGCUAUCCGGCGCGUCUGAAGAAGGUGCUGAUCGUGACGGCGCCACUGUGGUUCAAGGCACCCUUCAAGAUCCUGCGUCUGUUUGUGCGCGAGAAGCUGCGCGAGCGAGUGUUCACUGUAUCGGUGCCUCAGUUGGCGCUGCACGUGCCGCGCAAGGCGCUGCCCAUUCACUUGGGUGGCACGCUGGAGGUCGAUCACGCCACAUGGUUGCUCAGCUGCCGCCAAUCGAUGACGAAUCGUGAGGACGAGCUGCUGGCCAAUAUCGUGGGUGUGGGCGGUGGAUCCGGAUCCGGUUCAGCAGCUGGAUCAGCGAUUGUGUCCACCAAUGGCACGGAAACGGAGGCCGCGACAACGGCAGCCACGAUAAUCAGCGCCGUCCACCAGUUGGGCGAUAAUAAUACCACCGUGGUGACAGUCAGCAAUGGUGUCGGUCCAGCUGGCUCGACAGCUGGCGGAGUAACUGCAGCAGCAACGGCAGCGACGGCGACGGAACCCAACGAAAAUAUCACAAUCAACGGACUGAGUCCAAGCCACCGACAGGCGGCGAACAACAGCAGCAGCAGCAGUGCAGUCACAGCGGCUAAUCCCCUCAAGCUCAAUACGAGUGGUACCGCGGACAACAAUAGUACCAUCACGAACGCCACCACAGCUGCUGGAGCAGCCGGAGCAGCUGCUGGCACCACCACCACCACCAAUGGCGGCGGCGAGUUCUGGUCAGAGAAUCCGCCCAGCAGCGCCUCGUCCGGCUUUAGUGACGAUGAUAGUCUCGCCGGCCAGGAGGGCGAUCCCAAGCCCAUUGAUCAGAUCGUUCAGAUGGUGAAGCAGCGCGGACGCCACGGGCUGAUUAAGGAGUACGCGGACAUUCGGAAUAGGGCGCCCGAGGGCACCUUCCUGCAUGCGAGAAUGCGUGCUAAUCUGACCAAGAAUCGCUACACAGACGUCCUCUGCUACGAUCACAGUCGAGUGGUGCUGGCAAACGAAGACGGCGACGAGCCGUCGGAUUAUAUAAAUGCGAAUUUCGUCGAUGGCUACAAACAAAAGAAUGCCUAUAUUUCAACUCAAGGUCCAUUACCAAAGACAUCCCAGGACUUUUGGCGCAUGAUCUGGGAGCAACAUUGUUUAGUUAUAGUGAUGACGACGCGCGUGAUGGAGCGCGGACGCGUGAAAUGCGGCCAGUACUGGGAGCCGACUGAAGAAAGUUCCUUAGAGUUUGGCGACUACCAUGUGCGAACAAUUAGCGUUGAGUGCAACGAGGACUAUAUGGUUGCCUCGUUAGAAUUGAGAAACAUAAAGACUGACGAAGUUCGCAAUGUCUCACAUUGGCAGUUCACCAGCUGGCCGGACUAUGGUGUGCCCAGCUCGGCCAUGGCCAUGCUGAACUUCCUGCAGAAGGUGCGUGAGAAGCAGGCGCAGCUCGUCCAAGGACUGGGCGACACCUGGGCGGGUCAUCCACGUGGACCGCCCAUUGUGGUACACUGCAGUGCAGGCAUUGGACGCACAGGUACAUUCAUCACCCUGGACAUUUGCAUAUCGCGCCUGGAGGACGUGGGCACGGCGGACAUACGCGGCACCGUUGAGAAGAUACGAUCGCAGCGAGCCUACUCCAUUCAGAUGCCCGAUCAGUAUGUGUUCUGUCACCUGGCACUCAUCGAAUACGCAUAUUCGCGUGGAAUGCUGCAGACGGUGGAUUUGGCUGGCUUCGAUGAACGUGAACCGGACUCGGAGUAGGCUACCACUACCAACAUAGUCUUUGGACCGGAAAGCGGACGAGGAAACAACUUGUAUACAGAAUAAUUUUAUGUUUUACCAUUGCAAAUUGGAGUUGUAACUUUCUUCGACUAGAUGUUCGUCCUGAUAUGAUAUAAUAUGAUAUAUAUGAUACGUGAGAAACGAUGGGAAGCACAGAUAGAUUCCGAGACACGGACGACGAGAGAGAGAGAUGAAAUUGUAGAGAGUAGAGUAAACAAUUUACGUUAAUCUAUUAUUUUUUUUUUAAAUAUUAUUACAUACCAAGCUAUAGUUGUAUAGCAAAAACAUCUAUAUAUAAACAUUAUUUAAAUUAAAUUUAAAGUAAAUGAAAAACAAAUAGCUAAAAAUAAAGAAACAAAAACAAAACCAGCAGCAUUAGCAAACAAACAAAAGGCUAAACAAAAGCAAAAACCGAAAUUAACAGCGAAGAGUGUUUAACCAUGACAAAGUUAACUAGAGUCCGAUAAAGUACGGAGUACAACGAAGGCAUAAAGGAUGAGGAUAAGGAUAAGGACGAGGACAAGGACAAGGACAAGGAUAAACGGGACUGGAGGCCACUCAAGGCGAGCAAAACCAAACAAACCGUCCGGCGGACAGUCGAAAUCGUAGGCGGACCCGAGAAGCGGACAAAUUUUUGUGCAUUUUCCCCCCAUCUUAACCAAGUAAUCAAGGUGCAGCGGGCUGCGAAUUUCCUAAAAGCAACUAUGCAGCUGAAGCUGGAGGAGCAACAGGAGCGGCAGCAGCAGCGGCACAGCAGCCAACUAGUUACAUAAAAUUUAUAGCAUAUGCCUAGAUCUACGUACCGCAUAUAGGAAUAUGGAAUACGUAUAACGAUUAUACAAAAAUACCAGAAGAAAUCACAUUUAAGCACUGUUCAAUGUUGUUGCAUACGAAAAUAGCCCAAAAAGAAGGAAGAGAGAUUCAUCUUCGCCAGCCCAGCCUCCUGGCCGCAUCUCCUCCUGAUGUGACCGAUUCUGAUGCCCGAAAACCCCCACCCCCCCAAAGCUCUCUUCGCUCCCCAAGCUGUUAAAUGUGUAAUUUUUGUUUUGUUUUUACAUAUUUUUUUUUUUCUAAUUCUUUACGAAUAUUUAUAUAUAGAGCGUAAUUAAGUGUGUCGUGCAGAGAGUCGUAGUGAAUUUUACUAAAAAUUAUUUUACCAACUAAACGUAAAUAGUUAAAAGCGCAGAAAGCGAGUAUUAAAGAAAAAUGAAUAAGAAACAUAUAUCUAACAUGCCUUCUUACCUACAUUUUUCAUAUAUAUAUAUAUGCCAAGCGAAUCUAAAACGGAAUAAUAAUCGUAAUGAAAAUAAAUGAAGGAAAA